AUGGGCCUCGACGAAUUCUUCACCAAAGCAGUUCGCGACAGGAAAUUCCAAGCAGCAGCCCUCGAAGUGGCAAGCACAUGCGCCUCUGCAGCGCCCGUCAUCAAGAUCGUCCAGGCUGCGAAUAAGAUCUCCAAGGUCGGAGACGUUAUCCAACAUGCUAACGACUUUCUCUCUAGCGCGUCGCAGACCAUCAAGGGCGCGCAGAGCAUUCUGCCGCAGAUGCACAUCAUGGGCCAGUCGUUAGUUGAUAGUACGAGAUUGUUUCAUCAGUUCAGUAUCGUCGCUACGACGUUGGGUAUGGGCGCGAAUGUCAUCCAGACGUAUCAGGGCGUUCAGGCCUUGAACCUCAUCGCGACCAAGCUUGGCGAGAUUUCGACGAGUCUUGAGGCUCAGGCGGCGCUUACGGCUCAACGAGACUUUCCGCAGUAUGUUUUCGAUAUGAUUCGAGAACGAUUAAGUCAAACGAGUGUCGAUACCGAACGCGAUCACUGGUUCUUUCUCUAUCAUCCCGAUACUGAUUGGUAUCCCAAGUUCUUCCAUCUCGUCGAGGAGAAACCACUAAGUCCUCGGUUCUGCGGCUAUACCAAUCAGCUCGACACUGUUUUCAUGUUCAUGCUCGCAGCCCGGGAGCGCAUCACGAAGCGAGAAAUGUCAAAAGCACGACGAAAGCAGUUCUGCCGACCUGUCCAGCUUCAUCUCAUCGUACCCGCCUACCAAACCAUUCUCAUUCCCGAGCCAAUAUUAAUCCCCGACGAGAUUGGCGACUUUGUCAUCGAAGGACGGAUCAACAGCAACAGACCCUUCGUAUGGCUCAAUCUCCCCGACGAGCAACAACACUAUACCUUUGAUGUCGGGAUGUGGAGUCCCCCACCACCAGGAAUAUGGGAAAAGACUCUAGCCUGGAUGGGUCUGUCAGAAAAGCCCAAGAUCUCAGAUACACCACGACUUCUCGGUGUCGGAGAGAAGAUUGAGAUGAUUGAGGAUGAGAAGAGAGAGAUGACUAUCCAGACUAUUGAAGAAGAUGGCUCUAUGGAAGUUGUCAAGAGAGCUGCUACCGAGUCAACUCUCGAUCUGGCAGCAGUGAAUAAGCAUCGAUCUACGCCAUUGCAUGAAGGCCGACGACGUCGACGAUCACGAAGAACAGAGUCUGUUGCAUGA